UCCGCUAUCUGCAGUCGCUGUGUCCUAAAGGAUCUUUUCUAAUGUUUGUGCACGUUUUGGAGUAGCUAAUGCUUAACUCUCAUGUAUAUAUAGAAAGUAGUUAAGCAGAAAGUAAAGGAAAGAUCCGAAGAGCUUUACGUUUGGCAGAAUGUCGAGCUCCGUAGCGUUGCAGACGCACGUCGCUUCUAUAAUAGAAGCGUUAAUUCACGCCGCGAUCGCUGAAAUGAGCAAAAUCAUUGGAGAAAAGACGCUCGUACUUCAUGCUAGUUAUGUUGCAAGCGACUUAUGUGAACACGAGGAGACACAUGAAAAACUAACGACGGAAAAGGAGCACAGAAUGAGGCAGUUUGCAUCAGUUAUGGAAAUAUUGGGCAACGAGGCGCUUGGCAAAAUAAUCAAACUCGUAGAUGAAACCAGAUUUCUGUUGGGUCUUGAGUGCAAAACCUUUUCAGGCAAGCGAGCGAAGCGACCAGGCUGCGUCUUGAACAUUCUGUCCGCCGGAGGACUUGAAGAGGAACAUUCGUAUGAUGGAAGUGCAAGAAUGCUGAACAUGAAUAAUGAGUCUGAUACGGCCUUGGAAGACGGUUCAGAAUCCCCUCUUAGACUGGCUGUAUCGAUCAAAAAUGAAUUUGGAGAAGUUGACUUGCAGUCCAUCACUGCAGUCCACUUAAAAGCUACUUCAGAAGAUGAGGUAACGUCUGCUUUACAAGAAGGUAGUGAAUAUCCUCUAGACAUCAUUACUGUCUAUGGAAAGACAUCAUAUAUUUGUUCGGAGUGUGGCAAGAGCUUCUCUUCUCAAGGCAACCUUAAAUCGCAUCAACGCAUACACACUGGUGAAAAGCCUUAUGGCUGUGUCCUCUGCGACAAGCUUUUGCUCACAAACAAAGCCUGA